UUGCCGGUGUCCCUGUGCCAGUGUCCCACUCCCGCUGUCCCUGUCCCGUUCCCGGUCCCCCCUCCCCUUGCCGGCCCGGGCCAUGGCCCCGGCCGUUCCCCUGUGCCGGGCGGGGCCGCCCCGUCCCCGGCCCUGGGCGGCCCGGCGCGGUCUCGCCCUCGCCCGGCUCCCGGCGCGCCGGCUGUGGCGCUGCUGGGCGCUCCUGUGGGGCUGGCUGUGGGACGGGCUCGGCCUCGCCGCCCCUUGGCUCCGCCUGGCUCGAGCCCGGCGCCUGCCGGGGCCGGCGGGGGCCGCGGGCGCCGCGGCCGCUGCCGCCUCCUCGGCGGCUUCCCCGGCCAGAGCUCCGCCGCUCGCCAGCCCGGCCGCCGGCAGCGAGCCGCCGCUGCCCGCUGCGGCUGGGGAAGCCCGGCCCGGGCCGCUUGAGGGGCGCUCGGGGGCCGUGCCGGGCCCCGGCCCCAGCGCUGACGGCCACGUCUCGCCCGCACCGAAGGCCAAGGAGCCGCUGCACGAGCGCUACCGGCUGCAUUCGCUGCUGGGCAGCGGCGGCUUCGGCCGCGUCUACGCGGGGACCUGCCUGGCGGACGGAGCCCCGGUGAGUGCAGCAGGAGGAGGAGGAGGAGGAGGAGGAGGAGGGCGGGACGGGCGGCGAGCUCAACCCGCCCUUCCCCUCGGCUUGCAGGUGGCCAUCAAAGCCGUGUCCCGGGAUGGCAUCCGGCGCUGGGGCGAGCUGCCCGACGGCACCCGGGCCCCCCUGGAGAUCGUGCUGCUGGACAAGGUGUCCAAUGGCUUCCCUGGGGUCAUCCAGCUGCUGGAGUGGUUCGAGCUCCCCAACGGGUUCCUGUUGGUGAUGGAGCAUCCGGAGCCGUCUCAGGACCUCUCUCGCUUACUGAGGGCGUGGGGGUUCCUGCCGGAGGAGAUGGCGUGGGGGCUGUUCCGCCAGGUGCUGCAGGCCGUGCGGCACUGCACCAGCUGCGGCGUCCUGCACCGGGACAUCAAGCCCCAGAACAUCCUCCUCCACCUGGCCACCGGCGAGGCCAAGCUCCUCGACUUUGGAUGUGGCACCUUCCUUAAGGACACGGUCUACACCCAGUUUGCAGGUGAGCCCACAGCCGGGGGAUGCUCCUGGUGCCGGGCAUCGCAUGGCCAUGCCCGGGUGUGGCAGUGGAGAUUGCCCCUUUGGCCGAGGGGGAACAGGAUUAGUUCUUCAGCCAAGUUGCUUUUGGAUGGGGCUGGGGGUUACUGUGAGACAGGCCCCGGCCUUGGCGACAGCCUGUGCCACCCACCCUGUCCCGGGCUGGGUCUGGGGCAGGGGGGAGCCAGCCUGACCAAAACCCCCGUGAGGGUAGCAGAGAAGGGGGUCAGAACUGUGCACCAGAUGGCUUGGUGUGCAGGAACACUGUCAUACAGCCCGCCAGAGUGGAUCUACCUCAAGCGCUACCACGGCGAGGAGGCGACCAUCUGGUCCCUGGGCAUCCUGCUCUACCAGAUGGUCUGCGGGAAGCACCCUUUCCGCAAAGGCCCCAACACCAUCUGGGCCCAGCUCCCGUUCCCAGCACGGGUCUCUCCAGGGAGAAUCGAUGGAGAAGUUUGGGCACAGCUCUGA